AUGGAUGCACAAUGUGUUGCAUGUGAUCCCGGAUAUGAGUGCGCGGACGGUGUACGGGUCGCUUGCGCCAGAGGCCUUUAUUCUGAUGGAAGCGCAUCAUGCCUGCCGUGCAAAGCUGGUCACUACUGCUCUGAAGAGGCAACCACUGAAGAGCAAAUGAACAAGCAGAAAUGCCCAGCUGGCGUCUUCUGCGAUGCGGGAGUCGAUUCUAUCCCAACGUUGGCGAGCCAUCCCUGUAAAGCGGGGAGUUACUGUCCUGAGGCAGACAAAACGGCUUGUGUGCCUGUCGCUGCCGGCCAGUAUGCAUCAGUAGAAGGGCUGGCAGAAGCUGAGGGAUCCUGCUCAGUUGGAUAUUAUUGUCCGGAGGGAUCGACGUCGGCAACAAUGCAUCACUGCCCUGCUGGAAAGUACUCGUAUCUGUGCUAUGAGGGGGCAUCAUCUCCACGCCCAACAGAUGGAAAGACUGGAGAGCCGUGUACGGCCGGAGGCUACUGCGAAGAGGGGGCAACAACAAAGUCAUACUGCCCUCCAGGGAAAUACAAUCCUUCUCCGGGAGCUUCAUCGAAAGAUGAUUGUAUAGAUUGUCCUGCUGGGAAGUAUUGCACCGGAAGCCAUUCUCCAGAGCCUGAUGGACCGUGCGCACCGGGGGCAUAUUGUACAGGAGGCUCUGAGACCUCCAGAUGGGUCACAAAAACCGAAGGCAGCACAAAAUGUGAUCCUUGCACCUAUGGGCACUACUGUCCAACAGAAGGAACAUCUACUGAAGUGCCGUGUCCUCUAGGAACAUUUAGGGAAACUGGAUUUGGCUCUUCGAUCAACAGUUGCUACCAGUGCCCCCCUUACAAGGCAUGCACUUCUACAGGAAACAAAGAGCUGGAGAAAAACCUACCCUACUGCGAAGCUGGAUAUUAUUGCAUCUACGGGUCUCCAGCUACACAGCCAUCAAAAGAUGACGAAACUUACGACCCCAACAAGGCUGGUCCCUGCCCAGCAGGCUUUUACUGCGAAACGCAACAAAUCCUUACACCGUGCCCUAGAGGCAGCCUUGGUACUAAUGAAAUGCAGCGAAGUGCAACAGACUGCGCCAAAUGCCCCGCAGGCAAGGUGUGCCAAGACAUAGCAGGCUUAACGGCCACUGAAUGUCCUGAAGGUUUUAUUUGCCCAGAAGGAACAAUGGCAGCUGAGCGCGUGGCAAAUUUGUGUCCAGUUGGGAAAUUCUGUCCUGCUGGCAGCACCGACGGGACAAACUGUGCCAAAGGCUCAUUUGCGCCCACGAAAGGCAUGUUAGAGUGUGUAAAAUGCCCGGCAGGCUACCUGUGUGAGGAUCCAAGUCUCAACCUCUCUCAGCAACCCUGUCCAGAAGGAUACUUCUGCCCCGCAGCUUCAAGUGACAAACAGGCCUGCCCGGCUGGAACUGUAGGUUUUGCGGAGAACCUUUCUAAUGAGUCCCUUUGCCUUCGUUGUCCACCCGGACACUACUGUCCAAAUGAGGCUACGGCCAUCCCAGACAACAUGGAACAGUGCCCUCCAGGGAAAUAUUCCAGCCGCGGGUCAAAAGACCAAAGCGAAUGCAAAGAAUGUCCAGUUGGGUAUUACUGUCCGGAAGCAUCAAGCACUCCAAUCCCUUGCCCAGGAGGAAUGUUGUGCACCGCAGCCGGCCAGGAACAACCCAAUGAGGAUUGUCCAGAGGGGUUCUACUGCGAAGCAGGCACCUUGCAGCAUAGUUACUCGGUUGCACAGGUUUGCCCAGCAGGUGCUUACUGCCCCACGAAUUCAUCGUCCCCAACAUUGUGUCCCAUGGGCACGACCUCACAGAAUCAAGGGGCCACUUCGGAAACAGCCUGUACGCCGUGCCCAGCAGGAAGGUACGUGCCGCUGCUUACAACCUAG